UUACGAAAAUCGUUUUUUUUUAUUCCAUUAUAAAUCAAACUCGCUAAUCUAUCAGGUGCACUAUUCAAACUCGUUCGUACAACUAAGUUGGCACUUACUAAGAAAUCCGUCGGCCGGCUAUAACUCACCCCGGCAUCCAUAAUAAGACAUAAACAUCAGCUCGUUGCAAUAUGUCACCGUGUAACAAAGCGCUGCGGUAACGGUCCGCAUCAUUUGUCUGCCGUAACCCUGUUAUUUAUGAUCUCCUGCCGAAGAAGGAGGACAAAAACGAGACUGCUGUUAAAUAUUUGCCCUGAGACCAGAGGGGGCGAUAAUUCGAGGCUAUUAUGACGUCAUUUCACGCCCUUUGUGAGGUCGUCACGGCAUGUCAUCUGCUCCUUGAGACGCCUGCCUCUACUAUCUCUCGAUUAAAUCUAUUGUGUCAUUUUUUCAAUGAGCGCGAGUCGGAUGCGCCACCGACGAUGAUUUUGUCCCGUUCGCUUGUUCGCUCGACUUCGCUAUAAAAACACUUGAGGAGCUGCCCUAUUGUCUCCUGGCCCUUUUACGAGCACUGUUUUGUGACGCUGUUAUUGUUUGCGGUUGAUAAACAUCUCGCCACUAGGUAGGUAGGGAUCAUCGUCACUUUUACCGGUGGUUUACUUUAAUACGGCUCCAUUGGGAUUGUUUGUCAAUUAUUUUUCUCUUGAAUGGUAGCUUGGAACGUCAUUUUUAGGAUGGAGUUAAUGAAUGCUGAUUUGCUGGCAUUCACAAAGGAUUUGCGGUUGAAUACAAAGUCUGUGUACAAACAAGAUGCUAAGUUAGCGGCGGCGAUUGAUAAGCUCUGCUGUAGUCAAGCCAAACUGUUUAAUGCUUCUGGGCUUAAGUCGCUUCCUGAUCGAAAAAUACAAUUCAUUGAAGUUCAAGAACUUUUAAAAGGCACAUUGGCAAAAGAAUCUACGACCAAAGCCUCACAUGACAUUUUGAAAGAGACAAAUGAUGUCAGAAAAUCUCUUAUCAAAAGAGUGGAAGACGUUUUAACUGAUAUCAACAAGAGCGCGGAAAGUGGACAAAAGCCUAAGUUUGUUAUACGAAACCAGAAACUGUGGAGUAAUUGUAUUUAUGACUUAGAUCGAGUGACACUGAAAUCUUUUAACGAAGCCAAAAAGACAAAGCUCUGUUAUUCCAAUAGUGAAGACAAAACCAGAUUCAAUACUAUUGUUUUUGUUCUAACAAAAGUACACGAAUUGCUUUCUAAGAAUUUGACGGUUACAAGACGCGAACUCUUCUACCAGAAUGUUGUCAGACUUCGGAAUCAGGCCAACUUGGAUGUAGCAGUGAGGGACGUGUGCUGUUUGUUGGAGACUCCUCCGUGGAGCCUGGGUAUCGUGGCCACAGCCAAGGGAUUAGUCGCUGGCCCUCUGACAUUGCAUCACAGGGAUGGUAGUGUGCUAGACUGUAUGUCCGCUGGCGGAGUGCUUAUCCCUCAAGAUAUAGUAGGAAUAAGAGAGUUUAAAUCAACGGCGAAAUAUAUACUAGUUGUGGAAAAGGAUGCGAUAUUUCAAAAACUUUUGGAUGAAGGCGCUCUGGUCCGACUUGGCCCAGUUAUUAUAAUUACGGGCAAAGGUUAUCCUGACGUUUGCACGCGCCAACUGCUUUGUCGUUUGUGUUCAGAGCUACGGCUACAAGCACUCGCGUUGGUUGACGGCGACCCGCACGGCUACGAAAUAUUCCUCACCUAUAAAUAUGGGUCACUGGCUCAAAGUCACUUGUCAUCAUCUCUGGCCUGCACUUCGCUAUUAUUGUUGGGAGCCCGCUACAGUGACGUCAUGACACUAUCUUCUAAUGAGGCACGCUUGCCUCUCACGGAACUUGAUAAACGGAAACUGAGGAACUUAAUGAAAAGACCUUACUUGGAAACUCCUGUUGGGUUGCGCAUUAGAGAAGAGUUGUCAGUGAUGCUUUCUAGCGGUACGAAGGCAGAAAUAGAGGCGCUAGCUCCAACGGCGGCCGCGCUAUGCGAUGCUUACUUGCCCGCGAAAAUAAUACAAAACGAUUUCUUAGGGUGAAUGAAACACACAGUUAUACCUAUAA